AUGUCCUCUUCCAUCCUCAUCACAGGCGGCACCGCCGGCCUAGGCUUCCACUGCACCGUCGCUCUGGCACGCCAAUACCCGAACCACCACAUCACCAUCGUCUCCCGCAGCGACCCUAACGACGCAGCCGGCACAAUCAACCGCAUUACCGGCCAAAAUAACGUACGAUACCAGCGCCUCGACCUCGCCAGCUUAUCGCAAGUGCGCCUCUUCGUCAAGAAAUGGGCCGAGGACAACAAUUCCCCCAUCACGCACCUGCUCUUCAACGCAGGCCUCCAGUUCCCCAACGAAGUGAGCUACACGGAGGACGGCUAUGAGAAGACCUUCGCCAUCAACCAUCUCGGCCAUGCACUGCUGUUCUCCCUCCUUACUCCGCAUCUCGCCCAAACGGCCCGCAUUGUCGUCACCGCGAGCGGGACCCACGACCCGGAGCAGAAAACGGGCAUGCCCGAUGCCGAGUAUACCUCCGCCGAACAGCUCGCUCGUCCAACGGGCGAGUCUCUCAAUCUCCCCGGCCGUCAGCGCUACACGACCAGCAAGCUCGCUAACAUCCUCUGGACAUACGCGCUCGAGCGCCGCCUCGCUGAUCUCCGUAACAGGGGCGGCACGGAUUACAAGAAUUGGACCAUCGCAGCCUUCGACCCCGGCAUGGUCCCUGGCACUGGUCUCGCGCGUGACGCGGGCGGGCUGAUGAAGUUCGUCUGGACGUAUGUUCUUCCCCGUGUUCUACCCUUGCUUCGGUUGUUGGUGAUGCCGAACAUCCAUUCUGCGGAGGAGUCCGGGCAGAGUCUUGCUUGGGUAGCCGGGGAUGCGGAGGUUGCGAAGAAGAGUGGGCUUUACUAUGAGGGGACGGAAGAGAUCAAGUCGAGUAAGGAGAGUUAUAGUAAGGAGAAGCAGGAGGAUUUGUGGGAGUGGACUGUCAGGAAUCUUGCUGGGGGGUUGGAGGAGAAGGCGUUGUUUGAGUUGAAGGGGUUGAACUGA